CCCCGCCGGCUCAGGCCUCAGUCAUCGCUGGUCGUUCCGACGCCGAACUCUGUCCUUCUUCCUUUUCGUCCUUUUUUUGUUGUUGUUUUGUUUUUGAAUCAUCGCCGUUGACGUUUGUAUGAGUGUAUUUUCAGUUAAUCUCUUAUUUUUUUCCGGAUUUUCCUACGUUUUCCAUUACGUUCACUGGCGUUCAAGGAGAACAGUAUGGAAGAAAGACUUGAUUAGGCCAAAGUGUCAUUUGCCGUCCAUAACUCCGUCCGUUUUGCCUGAUGGAGGAAAAGUUUGAUUUGCCACCAAUCUCAAAAAUAUGAGAUAUAUACAGCUGCGGGAAAACAGCUCUGCUGGGAAGAAUAAAAAACUGACAGCGUCCCUCGUCGGAGUAAUAGUCACAUUGUGCCUUAUAUCGUUCAUAUACAGCCAGAGUUUCGUAACCACAUUGCCCACAUCUUCGUUCGCCCCGAUAAGAAGAACCAUUCAGAGUCUCUCGCCAAUCAGCGAAGUCACUGAUCGUACCAAUGUCUCAGCUGACAUUGAGCAAGUCUUGGAAGAACAGAGAGCGGAAAUAGAAAAGGAACUGAAAGAUUAUAAAUUUCCUAAUAGGAAAUAUAACAUCAGUGCAAAACCUCUUGACAAUUUGGUCCCAGAGAAAGGAGGCAAGCCUGUUAGAAGCAUCAUCAUAGCGACAUGGAGGUCUGGCUCCACAUUUCUAGGUGAUAUUCUGAACAGCGUACCCGGUAACUUUUACCAUUAUGAGCCUCUUCUUGACCAUGGGAUCGUCCAGGUCAGGGGACCUCCGUUAUCCACCAAAUCGCUCACUUACAUCCGCAAACUUUUAAACUGCAAUUAUACAGGAAUGAACUCGUAUUUGGAGUUUGGAGUGGAUCAUGUGUACCUUUUCUCACAUAAUGUCAGGUUGUGGAACAAAUGUGCAACAUACCCCCACAUAUGUUUUCACGCUCCGUUCCUCAACAAAUACUGCUCACUGUUUCCGUUCCAGUCAAUGAAACUAGUCAGGCUAAGGCUGAACCUAAUUGAGGAACUGCUUCAAGAUCCAAACCUUGGCAUACGGGUGCUUUUAGUAGUAAGGGAUCCUCGAGGAACUAUGCAGUCAAGAAAACAUAGGGAUUGGUGCCCAGGCUUUCCUGAUUGUUCUGAUCCGGCUCUGGUCUGCGCCGACAUGGUGUCAGACUAUUCAGCCGCUGUUAGGUUCAAAAAGAAAUACCCUAAUACAUUUCGGGUUUUGCGAUAUGAAGACUUUUCCAUCAACCCUUAUAAAGGGACAGAACAGCUUUUCAAGUUCUUCGGGCUAGAGUUCACCCAUCAUGUGAAAAAGUACCUCGACACGCAUACAAAAAUCAAUGCCGGGGGAGUAUCAAGCACUUACAGGAACUCGUCCUACGCUCCUUUCCACUGGAGGACCGAUCUCGACCAUAAGGAAGUCCUGAAAAUACAGAAAAGCUGCAAGACGGCCAUGUCCAUAUGGGGAUAUGUCAAGGCGAAUAAUAUUUCACACCAGAGGAAAUUCAAUCCGAUCCUGCCGAAUUUCGAUUUGAAAUUUAUUCCUUGAGAUUCAAGAUGGGAGACUAAAUUCUUAUAAUUGUUUUGUCCCCUUGUGAUAUUAUGAGUAGGAUUUAAAUCAAUGGAGGGAUCAAAAUGCAACAAUAUUGAAAUAUUCCAAGCAGGAGAAAUUUUCUUUUAGAUCGUCGUUGAUCUACUGUUGACCAGAGAUUUGACUUUAUACAUUUGCUCGUUGAGAACAUACUUAUUUGGCUGACAGAAAAAAAUAAACAGUAAAGAUAGUUGGUUUACAAUGUAUUUUUAGAACCAUCUGCAGUCUUAAGCUUUUUUAGUAUAUUAUUAAAACGAGUAUAAUGAUUGUAUUAGACAAAAUAAAAAGAACAAAACUUUUGAGAUUAGACAAAAUUGAUUUGAUGCAGUGAAAAAUCCAAAGCUCGACAUCCAAGAAUAUUUGGCCUUUAUUCAUAUUUUAAAAUACUGUGAUCAUUAAAUUUGCCAUAAAUAUCAA